AUGCGGAUAGACAAGCUGUCUGGUUUGACGGCCAUUGCGGCCGUGAGCUCGCUCCCAGGAGCUUUGGCUUGGGGUGCUGCAGGGCAUGAGAUUGUAGCCACCAUCGCUCAAAUGCAUCUAUACCCACCCGUUCUCCCCAUCAUCUGCUCCAUCCUCAACCCAGACGACAUCCACUCGCUCGUCAACUCCUCAUCUGACUCAAUCCCAACCCCGACCUCAACCGCACCAUGUCACCUUGCCACAGUCGCCGCCUGGGCCGACACCGUUCGUCGUCAACGCGGCUACGGUUGGUCCGGAACCCUGCAUUACAUCAAUGCUCUCGACGAUCAUCCUUCCGAAACUUGCAAGUUCCCGGGCGAGAGAGGAUGGGCUGGCCGUGAUGGACAUAACGUCCUAGGUGCAAUCCGAAACGUGACGGACCUGUUGCAGGAAUUCAAGAGGGGUUUGGUGGGCGCGCUUGGUCGAGUGGAUGAUGCGGAGGAGAUGUUGAAGUUCUUAAUACACUUUGUGGGGGAUAUGCAUCAGCCUUUGCAUCUCAGUGGAAGGGAGAGGGGCGGGAACGGCGUGAAAGUUCAUUGGGAUAAUCGAGUGACUAACUUACACUCACUGUGGGACGGUCUCCUGAUCGCGAAAGCUCUGCGUAGCAUCCCCUCGAACUACACCCGUCCACUCCCCGUUCCAGGCAUCGAAGCCAAUCUCCGCGAUACUAUAUACGAUCCUUUCAUCCGCAAGAUCAUGUGGGAAGGCCUCGGUGUGGGCCCCCCCAGCGAAGUUCGCGGACGUUGGGAAUUCGAAGCCGAGGAGUGGACCGAAUGUCCUGAAUUUCCCGAAUUCGGCACCACCACCUCCUGGAUGCAGACGGUGAUGGGAUAUAUGUGGCCGACAUGGACAUGGGUCACAGGUCAGAACGAGAGGAAGAAGGUGGAGUUGGGAUGGGACGACAAUGUUCUGUGUCCCUACGCCUGGGCGCAACCUCUUCAUCAACUCAACUGUGACCUUAUCUGGCCACCUGAGAUCGACGAACCUCCUUACAACCUUCGCGAGUGGCAGGCAUUUAUGGACGGGAAGGUUGAUGCGCAUGCGACAGCUCCGAGAACCCCCUAUCUCGAGCUGGAUACGCCAAAGUACGCGGGUCGCAUCGAGAAAGAAUGGGUGCUCGAGAAGUUGUUGGCCCAAGCGGGCGUUAGGUUGGCUGUGAUAUUGAACGAGCUGUUCAUGCCUUUGGUGGAGGAGUUCGAGUUGAAGUCGGAGUGA